UUUUGUUGUUAGUUAGACAAGUAACAUUUUUUUUUAUUAGCUCUUACGCAAAUGACACAAUGUUUAGGCAAACGCACGAGGAAACUAAAUACAACAUGCAGAAUGUUGGAGGCUAUAGCUCUCUUUCAGAGCGCCAUCAAUCUAAUUUUCACGGUUUCAAUGGUCGUCAUUUCAACGGCACAUUUACUUCUCCUGUCCCUAUCGCGAACUCUUUUGAACGAGAAGAGAUGAAAACUAUCUUGCGCUGCAACACGGAUACUCAUCUACCAACACGACCACAGCUGGCAGUGGUCUCCAGUAGCUCCGUGGAAGCGAACGGGCUUAACACAUGUGGUAAUGGGCUGUUAGACGAAGAGAUUGACAGGGGCAUGGAACUCACGAAAAAAUCCAACGGCAGAAUUGAAGAAAGCAAGAUGAAAAUCGAAGCUGUGCACACAGUCAAACGAAAGAAUAUUUUGAACCACCACCGACAAGACAGUCAACAGCAGCCAGAGAUUUAUCCCUGGAUGAAAAAGCUACAUAUGAGCAACGAAUCGGACGGUAAACGGUCGCGGACCAGUUACACCCGCUACCAGACACUGGAGUUGGAGAAAGAAUUCCACUUCAACCGGUACCUCACUCGCCGUAGGCGAAUUGAGAUCGCCAAUAACCUCUGCCUGAAUGAAAGACAAAUUAAAAUUUGGUUCCAGAAUCGACGCAUGAAAUGGAAGAAGGAUUUAAAGUUGAAAGUAAACGAGUAACAGAUAUAGCCCUGCAUUUUGUCAGAUCUCCAGAUAAAUUUGGAGCAAUUUGCUCGGUUACAGAGGUCAGGAUAGCCUACCUAUAAGGUGCUUUUCAAAUACAUUUCUUUCAGUAUAGCCAUGCAAAUGUUGCCUGUGCUGUUUAAAACAUAACGUGUUGAAUUUAAUUCCAUUGUUGAAUUGUUGUGAUUUUUUAAAAGCCAUGUAAGGAAAUGUGAUCAUUUGUGUUGAAGGUUACAAUGGGAGGGGUCGCAGAAUGCAAGGCCACUCCCUCUUUCAUUUUGGUGCAAUAUAUAGGCCUAUUCUAAAUAAUGCGUGUCCUCUCUUGAUACAUGAUACAUUAAUUGGUAAUGAUUGGUAAUGAUACGAAAAUGUGAGUUCACUAUCGCAGAGGGAUAACUGAAGUUGACUUAUGGCAGCAUAUAAACACGUGUUGUAAAACUGACAUGCAGAACAGCAUCUUGAACUGACACAAGUUGCUAGUAAUUUGAAUGUCCUUUAUUGAUAAUAAUGAAACAUUCUGAUGUCAACAGUGGACCUUCAUCUAUCAUAAUCUAUGUUACGAUAGCCAAAAUGCAUUGAUUGUAAUUUAUUAAUUUA